UGUGCGUCAUGACGCAAGCAGUCGCUACGUUAUUUCCUGCUGAGGAUAAACGCUGGUUUGACACCGCGGAGGAGGGAGGCGAGGAAUCAAGGUUGUAGCGCAGACGAUCCGGACUGUGUGUGUCUGUCUGUGUCUGUGUGUCUGUGUGUGUUACUGUGUGUUACUGUGUGUGUCUCAGGAGCAACACACACAUCCAGCUCUUCUUCGCUUCUGGAAAUGCUUCGGAUUCGUGUCUCUGAGUCGGGUGAGUGAGGGGUUUUUCCUCCCAGGUUUGACUUGGCCUCCACCAUGGCAGGGGACCUCUACAGCCCCCCAUCCCCGCUGGGGGAUUCCCUCCUGGACAGUCCUCUGUGUGGAGAUCUGAUGGAGGACCUCUGUGACAUCUCCCAGUCGAUGGGAGACAGCGCGCUGGGAUUUGACAUCCCAGAAUACCAGAGCACCGGCUCAGGGUCCGAGAGCUCCACUGCACUGGACACCCUGACCCCGGCCUCCAGUCCGUUGUCUGGGGUUUGCGGACAUGCACCAGGCCCAGAGGAGGGCCUGAACUUGGAGUGCCGGGUGUGCUCGGACAAAGCUUCAGGCUUCCACUACGGGGUGCACGCAUGUGAGGGCUGCAAGGUGAGAGAUGUGGAGCUAAAGCUUGGCCAGAGCCAGCUGGAGUAUGUAUUGAAUGCAUGCACGGACAUACUGUACAUUUCUAAGUGAGAAACGCCAUAAACGUCACAUUAAGAUAUAAAUAUAAACGUAAUUCAUGAUCACAAGGCAAACGUUAGUUCUACCAAUCCUACAUGUUA